GGGCGUCCAGCUAGGACCUCGGCGUUCAUUCAGCUGGUGCCGCGUCACCUCCCACGUUCGGGGUCAGGAGGUUUGAGAAAAGAAAGGGCCCCCCACGGUGCGUGGCGACACCCGGGGCGGGAGGCGGAGACCGGAGACCGGAGCCCGGAGCCCGGCGGACGGGGCGGACCGGCCCGCGCACCUCGAGCGCGGGAGGCGGAGCUAAGCCGGCGCGCCCGCCCCGAGCCUGCGCCGCGGGCUGUCCAGUCGUUUCUCCAAGUCGCGAAGCCGCAGGAGGAGGGAUCCAGAGAAGAGCACCGGCCGGCUGCCCUCUCCGCGCUGCGCGCCGCGCCAUGCUGGUCCUCCGAAGCCGCCUGACCAGGGCUCUGGCCGCGCAGGCCUGGACGCCUCAGGUGUAUUCAUCUUUUGCUACGGGACCUAGACAGAGCGAUGGAACAUUCUAUGAAUUUCGUACCUAUUCUCUUAAGCCUUCAAAGAUGAAUCAGUUUCUGGAAAAUUUUAAGAAAAACGUACACCUUCGGACAGCUCACUCUGAAUUGGUUGGAUACUGGAGUGUAGAAUUUGGAGGCAGAGUGAAUAAAGCAUUUCAUAUUUGGAAGUAUGAUAAUUUUGCUCAUCGCAUUGAAGUUCGGAAAGCCUUGGCCAAAGAUAAGGAAUGGCAAGAACAAUUCCUCAUUCCAAAUUUGGCUCUUAUGGAUAAACAAGAGAGUGAGAUUACGUAUCUGGUACCAUGGUGCAAAUUAGAAAAGCCUCCAAAGGAAGGAGUCUAUGAACUGGUUACUUUUCAGAUGAAACCCGGUGGGCCAGCUGUAUGGGGUGACACAUUUAAAAAGGCAAUUAAUGCCCACGUCAUUCUAGGCUACUCCAAACUAGUUGGAGUUUUCCACACAGAAUAUGGAGCACUCAACAGAGGUACAGUUGUCCACUUCUUCUAUGAAAUGGCAGAAUGUAUUGGUGAACUACUAAGUCGCUUGGUUCAUGUUCUCUGGUGGAAUGAGAGUGCGGAUAGUCGUGCAGCUGGGAGACAUAAGGCUCAUGAGGAUCCCAGAGUCGUGGUGGCUGUUCGGGAAUGUGUCAAUUACCUAGUGUCUCAGCAGAAUAUGCUUCUGAUUCCUACAUCGUUUUCACCGUUGAAAUAGUUUUCCACUGAAAUGCAAAGCAUUUCAAGAACUGUCUUAAGAUGUGUCUGCUAAUGGUACUUAAAUGCUCCCAAGGGCAUCUCACUCUUACUUGAAGAAGGUGGUAAGUUAAUUCGCUAUGUCUCUGCAUUUCUAAAGCCACCUCUGUUCUUUGUCAUUGCCACCUCCAAAAGUAGUUCUGUUCAUUGUCCCUCCCCAUGGCAUUUAGGUAGCUAUACUGUAGAAAUAGUUGCCACUAUUUAUGAUCUUGAUGUUUCAUUUUUUUCAAAAUAUCUUAUUCUCUAUUUUGAUGACCCUUUGCUUUAUAGCAUUUUCUUAUAUUUAAAUGAUGUUUUUACAUUUCUGUGCCUGACAGUAUUUUAAAAUUAUUUACAUGCAAUGUCUGUAUUUUCAACAUGUCUGUUUUUUCUGAGAUUUUAAAAAAAUAAUUUGCCCAGUAAAAUUUAUUUUGUGAUAGCAAAUCGGAUUUGUAAGAAUAUCAGAUCAAAUGUAUUUCUUUACCUUGGGGAAAGUGCAGUAUAAUUGUGUCAUCUGUAUCAAUUAUGGUUUUCACAUUAAUUGUUAGUCACUCUAAUUUGGAAAAUAAUGUAAUUAGUUCUCAAUGUUAAAAAUAACUUCAGAAGACUUGUUUCAUAUGCUGAAAUGUAUACAUGUAUAGUUAAUUUUAUUAAUUUUGUUCAUUUUAGAUGGCUAAUAAAAAUACUUGUGACAUCUAUUUGUUUUAAAAGAGAUUUUGUGGUCAUGGAAAUACUUGCCCUAAUAAAAGCCUACAUAUCCA